GGCGCGCGGCUGCGGCAGAGCAGCGCUGCUCGCCUCGCGGCCCCUGCUGCUGCUCCUCGUCGUCGCGGGCGCGCGGGCGGGAAGAUGCGCGGCCCGGCUGCCUUCGUCCUCGUCGCCCUGGCCGCCGCCGUCGCGCGCACCCUGGGCCAGCAAGCGCCGCCGUGGACCGAAAACUGCCGGAACUCAACGUACCCCCCGUCUGGGCCCACCUUCCGGGGGACCGUGCCGUGGUACACCAUCAACCUCGACUACCCCCCCUACAAGCGAUGGCACGAGGUGGUGGCCGACCGAGGGCCCGCGAUGAGACGCAUCGUCCAGUCCUUGAAGGACCUGGUGAACGCUUUCAACCCCAGUGGAAGGGUCAUGAAGAUGGUGGAUGAGAAAUUGCCCGGGAUGCUUGGCCACUUCCCUGGGCCGUUUGAGGAGGAGAUGAAGGGGAUCGCGGACGUGACGGGCAUUCCGCUGGGAGAGAUCAUUUCCUUCAACAUUUUCUACGAGUUUUUCACCAUCUGCACGUCUCUGAUCGCUGAGGACCAAGCAGGGCACCUGAUCCACGCCCGGAACAUGGACUUUGGGAUUUUCCUCGGGUGGAACGUAAACAACCACUCGUGGGUGGUGACGGAGCAGCUGAAGCCGCUGACGGUGAACCUGGACUUCCGGCGCGGCAACGAGACUGUGUUCCUGGCUUCCACCUUCGCCGGCUACGUGGGCAUGCUGACCGGGAUCCGGCCGGGGGCCCUCACCCUCACGCUGAACGAACGGUUCAACAUAAAUGGCGGCUACAUGGGGAUCCUCGAGUGGCUGCUGGGCCGGAGGGAUGGCAUGUGGAUCGGCUUCAUUACGAGGGCGGUGCUGGAGAACGCCACCAGCUAUGAAGAAGCCAAGAACGUCCUGACCAAGACACCCAUCCUGGCCCCGGCCUACUUCAUCCUGGGGGGCAGUCGCUCCGGCCAGGGUUGCGUCAUCACCCGCGACCGCAAGGCCACGGUGGACGUUUACGAGCUGGACGCCCUGCGUGGCCGUUGGUACGUGGUGCAGACGAACUACGAUCGUUGGAAGCGUCCGUUCUUCCUGGAUGACCGCAGGACGCCCGCCAUGACCUGCCUGAACCGCACCACGCAGGGGCGCAUCUCAUUCGCCUCCGUGUACGACGUCCUCUCCACCAAGCCCAUCCUCAACAAGCUCACCGUGUACACGACGCUGAUGGACCUCUCCCGGGGGAAGUUUGAGACCUACCUUCGGGACUGCCCAGAUCCCUGCAUCGGCUGGUGACCGCCGGAGCCAGACCCCCGCCCCCGGCUGCCUGGAGCGGCCGCGCCACCGUCACCCCCGCCCCGUUCUGCCCUCAGGGAUCCAGCACCGCAGACUGGCACUCUCCACCGCCGGGCUGGUCUUGGCCGGCCUGGCGGCGGAUAAUGGGAUGGGUGGUCCCACCCCCUCUGGUCUAGCCGGGGGCAAGGGCUGGAAGCCGAUUGGCUUUUUCCCCCCCUCUCAGCCACCACUGUUUGAGUAAUAAAAUGUGCCAGACCAAG